CUGAUGAAACCCCCGGCAACAUGUGCAAAUACCCAUACAAAUUUAACUUGGCUUUCCAGUUGAUUUUCGUGUCUGCAAUAUGUAUUUUCUAAACACAACAUACAAACUUUAAGUCCAUUUAACGCGUUUUGCAUUAAUUGUAAUAAUUGUAAGCUCCGCAGCCAACUGAACGUUAUGUGCAUUCCUGCUAAAAUGUCUCCUACACUCACAGAAAUAGCUGAACGAGAUCCGGAAACCUGGAUCCGGGCUUAAAGGCGAUAUAUGUAAUGCAUUUUAAAGAUGCUUCUCGAUGCUCGAGUUCUUUGAAUAGUGCAAAAAAAAAAAGUGUUUAAGCGUUGUUUUCUAAUGCAAAAAGACGAGUAGAGAAGAAAACUAUGAGUACAUACAUAACAAUGAGGAAUAUAUAAUAUAUGAUAAUUUUUUUACCUAAAGAGAGUUGUUUAUAUUAGGGAAAGGGAAGGGUAUUCAUAUUUCCAAUUGAAGAUUGUACUAUAACUUUCGAGAUAGAGUGAAUUUUAUUUCGGGCUCACUCACAAAGAAAGUUCCAUCACUAAUCUCUGUGCAGCCCUGGUUUUGCCUCUGAAACAGCUGAUUGGACGCCUCGAAAAGAAACAAAGUUGAAUUCUCUUAAAAUUAACGCUUAAAAAUGCAUUUAUUUGUGAUUAUUAAAUAGUACACAUAAUAAUAAGUUAAUGCAUCGCCUAUUUACAUCGGUCAACAUCCAAAUAAUGUCAAAAAAUAAAGGGAAAGCCAAGGCAGCCGCCGAAGCAACAAAAUCAACGCCGGCAAAGGAGGAAGCCGGUCCAAUUACAGUGGACAAAACGGGCAAUAUAUGCAUACAAAUACUGGCCAAGCCAGGUGCCAAGCAGAAUGGCAUCACAGGAAUCGGUUCGGAGGGCGUGGGCGUCCAAAUAGCCGCUCCGCCCAGCGAGGGCGAGGCCAACGCCGAGCUGGUAAAGUUCCUCUCGAAAGUUCUUGGCCUGCGCAAGAGCGACGUGUCGCUGGACAAGGGAUCUCGGUCUCGCAACAAGAUAAUACUCAUCAGCAAAGGAGCCAGCACAGUGGAGGCCAUUGAGCAGCUGCUGAGAAAAGAAUCAGAAUCGUAGGCAACACAAACUGUUCCCCCCCGUGAACCAAAUAAAAAUUCCUGGUAAUUGAUUUUUAAAACACA